AUGGAGGUGGGCCACCUAGAGGAUUCCGACGUGACGCAGCUCCUCGCGCCGCAGGCCAUCGACGCCUACGAUGUCGUCCUCGCUGGCCUGCGCGACCACAAGAACGGGAUGCAAGAGGUCUCGAACGGUGUACCAUGCUCGCGGACGCCGCUCUUCAUUGCCAAGACGUUUGAGACGCGUCUGCCAUCGUUUCCGCUCGAUCGUCCGGACAUGGAGGACACACACAUGCCAAGCGGUGCUCAUGACGACUUCUUCUUCUACGGCCUCGACGACGAACACGCCAAGCUCGAAACAUUCCUCACGAUGACGACCGUUGCGUAUGGCAUUGAGGCCUUCUUGCGGCCGCACCCACUCUGCCACGAAUUCGUGCGCGUGACCUCCACCAAUGAGAUCCAAGAGGAGAUGUUGCCGCUUUUGGCGCUGCUUGGGCCUUGCCGGCGCGUCAUGUCAUUUGCAGAAAUGAAUAUUUCCUGGAUCUGA